AUGAGUUAUGGUGGCCGAUCGCGAGAGAUGCUCGAGAAUGUUUCUGUUGACUCGUUGGCCAAGCUUGCUGGGGUCAUUGACGGGGCCAACGAAAUUGCACUCGAGGGCCAUGAAUUUCGGGCAUUGUCAGCUCAGCUGAAUUUCCUUCGGCCCAAGCCCGAAGCUGAACAGGAAAGGAUCUUUAGGUCUGCCUUGAUUGUGUCGGGAAAUUAUGGUGAAACGGAACUGAUGGAGGAACUGAUGGACUAUAGCGAGCUGGCCGCAAAACAUCUUCCCGCUUUGGCCGACCAGCUCAGAGCCGAUUCCAGCGCGCUCAGCCCCUCGAUGGCACUUAUGAAUACGGUGUCGCAUACGCCUUACUUUGCGCGUUUUCUCAAAACGCCAGGCGGUCAAGGCAUCGCCGCCUUACAUGUCAAACACAUGGCUCAGGAUCCCACCGUUGGAGCAUUAGACGCGGAUAGCAUAGGCGAAGCCACGCAGUUUCUAUCUACGCUCUUGCUUUUGCAGGGUAUAGCGGACGUGGAGCAGGCAGACAAGACGGCCCUCAUGCCCAAGCUGCGGUCAUGGGUACAGGUCUAUCGCGGCCAGUUCGCCGCAGAGACCAGCUCGCGCUGCAUCGCUUCCUUAACCUCUGACCCUACAAUGCGAACUCACAUGAUACAAGUUAAAGCCCUUCUCGAAGAAUCAUUGCAUAAAUGUGGCAGCACGAACUGCGGACUCUCUGCAUCUAAUGGAGGAGGGCAACUGCUCCAAUGCUCAAGGUGUAAAUCAGCAGUUUAUUGCAGCCAAGAGCAUCAGAAGCAAGCGUGGCGUUCGCACAAGGCGACUUGCUUCCAGGUUACGUUCUGA